AUGGGUAUUCCCGGUCUGUUGCCGUUUUUGAAGAACUAUACAAAGCGAUGUAACCUCCGAAUCUUUUCAGGGAAAACUGCCGCUAUAGACGCUUCUUGCUGGCUUCACAAGGCAUUGUGUGUGUCGAUAAACCACAGUGGAAGUCGAGAGAGGUAAGGCUUGUUAAGUUUGUAAAAUUGUUUAGUGAUUUAUGGAGAUUUUAUAUGUGAUACAUUUAUAGCGAUCUGUUAAUAUUCAUUCUGAUUUUUGCAUUGCAUUUUGGUAGAUCCAGUGAAAUUUUUAAAGCUUAUCUUCAAAAGGUGAAGAAGGCCGGAGUGAUUCGGAUUGUGGUGUUCGACGGAUUGCCUCUGCCAGCAAAAGCUGAAGAAAUGACAACAGAAGGUAAGGAAGCCGUUUUUUAGCAGCACAAAGGUGCAAAUACGAUGACUUUUAAUUUGCUAUUUAAUUAAACAGAUAUUGAGAAAGUCUUCUGAGACAAGCUGACGAAGCCAUCACAGUCGAGAAGGCAAAUAAACUUCGAAGCCAGGCUGUGUCAAUUACGUUCAAAGACAUCAUUACUUGUAUAGAAGUAAGCAAGUACCUUUGUAUUACCAGCUAACCUUAAUUGUAUUUAUAUACAGUAGCUUGUAACUUUGCCAUCAAGCUACUUUACUAGAAUUAUUCAGAUACAAAAUUGUAAUUUUCUAAAUUGUAAUCAAGUAAUACACGGGCCGAAGAAUUUAAUCCUGAAUGUUAUGAUUGUAUUUUGUUGUCAAUUCUGUGUUCAAAACAUUUUCUUUAAGAUAUGUAAAGCUGAAAAGGUGGACUAUGUUGUUUCACCAUACGAGUCAGAUGCCCAGAUAACAUAUUUGGUCUUAAAUGGUUUGGCAGACUUUGCCAUCACAGAGGAUUCUGACCUCCUUGCAUAUGGUUGCAUGAGGGUAUGCAGUUGUUUAUGUAGUAUCAUUUCUAAUCAACCCUCUUAAUUCCUAAUUUAUAAUUCCUAACAUAACACAAGUUUUAUUGUUAAGGUUUUAAACUUUAAUGAGAACACCACUAAAGGCUAACCCACUAAACAAAAUGGAUAUUAUGAGCCCUACUUGAAGGGCUGGCCAUUGUGAGCGAGAUCCUGCAAGUUGCUUGCAUUCCCUAAUAAAUCAAAAUUUAUUUUCAUUUAUAUGAUAAGAGAGCAGAACUCUCCUAUGCGAGGUUUUGCUAUUGACUCCACAAUAUAUAUCAUCUCGACAAGGUUUUGCUAUUGUCUGGCAAUCCUAGUAUGUACGAGUUAAAAACCCACCAUAUUUAUUAUGUACUCAGUCUUUCGAGGAUUUUUUUACUCAUUAAUAUUUACAGUACCUGUAUGCCAAGAACAAUAUUCAAUUGUCUGAUGGUUAUUAGAAAAUCUGCUCGGCAAAAUAUGAUUUUUUACUUCCAGCCCGCCCUACAAGAAUCAUCUAGCAUUAGACACAGUGAAAUAGGUUGGUGUAAAGAAAGUAAUAAAAGUAACAAACUAGGGUGCAAUGAGGCACAUUGCAGACUAACAGGUUAAGUAUCAAUCAUUGCAGCUAAAAUGUAAAAAAAUGUGUCAUUUGGGAAUUUGAGCAUGCCACCCCACAGGGGUAAUGUAAAAUGUAUUCCUGACAGCAGUAGGAAGAGAGAAAACAAAUUUCCAUUUCCUCUCUCUGACAUAGCAAAUAGAGAAAUAACAUCAUGCAAUUAACUUUUAAUAUAGGUAAUGGUGAAAGUUUCAAUGAGCGGAGAUGGGGAUCUUCUGUUGCUAUCUGACAUUUUAGAUGGAUGCAAAUUAAAAAUGGAACAGUUUCGUAAAAUGUGUAUUGUGGCUGGGUGCGACUAUCUGAAAAGUAUAAAAGGUAUAGGCAUACGAAGGGCCUUCCAGCUGGUCAGUUCAGAUCAAGACCUAAUGGAGCUGUUGUCCCAAAGAGGAGCAUCUGAAGACUAUAUGAAAAAACUUGGUCAAGUAGAGGAGGUAUUUAAACAUCAAACAGUCUUUGACCUGCAAACGUGCACUACAGUUCCUUUGCUGAAUAAUCAAACUGCACUCUCCAUGGAUGUUCAGCUUCUUUGUGGAAAGUAUCCUUAUUAUCAAUAACAAUGUAACAUACAACCCUUUGUCUCAGGGAUUACUAAAUUAGUUCAAUCAAACUCUAUCAUCAUUCAUCUAUCACUAAUUUCAUCUAUUUACGACUCUUCAUUCAUGACAGGUUUCAGUUCUUUUAUAAGAAGUUAAGUGUAUGUAUGUUAUUUCUUGUAUUCCUUUCUUCCUUGGAUACCAUUACGAUUUUAACCCAUUAAGCGCCAGCACUCUCCCCUUGAUGAGUAAAAUCGUCUGGCGUUAGACAGAGUAAAAUACUAUUUAAGUAGGGUGCAUCAGGGUGCAAUGCUGCGACUCAAUGGGUUAAGUAACAAUUCACUCAACUUUUUUGUUUUGCUCUGUCUAAUGCCAGAUGAUUUUAUUCAUCAAGGGGUGAGUGCUACCACUUGAUGGGUUAACCAAACAUUCUGCUAUUGCAUUCUGUUAAUAUAAUGCACCCUGGACAUGCCCUCAGGACUUUAUUAUUUUACUCUCUCCAACGCUAGAUGAUUUUACUUGUCAAGGGGAGAGUGCUGGUCUCUAUUUGUUUCUUGUUCUGAGCAUUCUUUCAAACAAAUCAAAUACACGAGUAAAUGAUAAUUUUGUCAUAUUAAGGGAGGGUUUUUGAUCUUAUUUUCAUGUUUAAUUCCUAUUUCCUUAACAUUAAAGUAAAUUAAAUGAUGCAUAUGCAAAUGACCUUGCUGUUGGUAAUAUAGACCCAAAUAAUGGACAACAUGUUAACAACUUUCCUCAUCACAUAAAGGUCUGUACACAUCUUUAUAAAAGGUUAUAAAAGUCAAUAAAUUAGAAAGAUUAUUUAAGGGGCCAUCCACAAAGGAUGUCCUGCCAAAUGAUGGAUUUUCAGACCCGUUGCACAUCAUUUUUUCCCAAUUCAAACCAAUUUCAUGCAUUGCUAACCCCCCCUCCCCCUAUGUCCAAGUUUGUCCUGAUUUUCCAAACCCCUCCCCCAGCUCGGCUUGGACAUCCUUUGUGAAUGGCCCCUAAAGGAAUUGAUUUUGUGAUUUCCGAUUGGCUAAUAGCCAAAUGUGAAAUUGUCAUCUUAAGUCAAUAACUGAUGAAAUGUGGAGUUUUGGUUUGUUAGUAUUCAACAGAGUAACAAUGAUAUGAAAAAUAAUAUAUCAAUGGCAAACCUCAUAGCACAAAAUUCUGGCACAUGAUAACAUAAUAUCAUGCUCGACCUUGUUCAAUAACUGUUAAUUACUCAAUAAUAUUUAUUUGUUCACAAUAAUUAUUUGUAAUUUAUAGGGAGGUGUAGCUGGUACACCUGGUCAGGAGGAUGAACUUAUCACAUCCAUGGUGGAGCCAAAUGGUAAGAACAUUUUUAUUUUCUACUUUCAGUAUGUAAUAUUACAGUUGCGGCAAUAGAAAAAUGAUCAGUUCAAUUCCUAACUUUUGCUAAUUCAUUUGACGAGUUCCUCAAGUGGUUGCCAAUUCAAACGACAGUCAACUUCCUGCGUUCAUCCGAUUGGUUAUUGAAUUACUAAGCAAAACAUGAUUGGGCAAUUUAAAGCAAAUACCAGGAAGUUGUCAACAUUUUUACAGUCGUGCCAAUAGAAGCGUUCCGAAAAAUGUUGACCAAUUCAUUUCCUAACUUGAAGGAACACCUCUGAACAAUUCCUCAACAAUUUGAUAAGUUCCUUAAAAAGUUCCAAACUUCCUGUUUCAUUGACCAAUCAGAUUGCUCAAAAAUAAAAUAUAAAAUUUGAUUGGUCAAUGAAACAGGAAGUUAGGAACUUUUUAAGGAACUUGUCCAAUUGUUGAGGAAUUGUUCAGAGGUGUUCCUUCAAGUUAGGAAAUGAAUUGGUCAACAUUUUUCGGAACGCUUCUAUUGGCACGACUAUAGGAAAUUAUCAAUAUUUUGAGGGAUCUUAAUAUUUGAGUGAUCUGGGAACAGAUUUUGUACCCAAGAUGUCUGUCUGUUUCCAUUGUGUCCCACAUCGAACUGCAUUGGCCAUAUGCCAGGGGGGGGGGCACUGCAUGUACAUUGGGGUGAAUAUACAACUUGAAGGUGUUAAAUUAAACAAGACUAUAGUGAUGUAACAUUUCAAAUUCGACUACAGUAUGAGGACUUCGCUAUAUUGUGUUCCAGUAUCAGAAAUGGAAAAUGUUACCAUUAACCUAUUAGAGUGCGAGUCUCUUCCCUAGACAAGUAAAAUUGUCUGGCAUUAGACAGAGUAAAAGAAUAAAGUAGGGUGCAUUUUUGCUUAAUGGGUUAAGGUAACAGUUGACCAGGUGUUUCCCACAUAAUACUAAUGACAACCAUUACAUGCAAAAAUUUAAUUUAACUACAACUUUAUUUACACAAAGUUAUAUUAGAUGUCUAUAACAUCAUUUUAGGUGGUGUGCAACAGCAACCAGUAGACAAAUUUAGCUUACAUGAAAAUUAGAUUCAAAUGCAUCAGCUAAACAAACACCACGUGCAUGAAGUUACAGUAAAAUUAUUUAUAUCUUAUUGUCAUACAAGCUCAAUUUGUCUAACCCCAGAUAAUAAAAAGUGAAAACUAGCUAUAACUAACCUAAUUUAUUUGUUCAGGUGAUGAUAUCAAUUGUCAAGAAUUUAAUUGUGACAUUAUUCACAUUGACAAGUUAUCUUCCAUUUCUUGGAAAAUUCCACAAUUUCCAGUUAUGACACUGGAAUUCAUUAUUGUACAUUUUCAAAGAGGAGGCAAGAUUUAUAAAGGUGUUUUUGAAAAAAGUAGGAUGUCAGAUAUUCAGGUUGGGUCAUUCACAUGUACCUCCCACUGCCAAAUUGAAAUCGACGGUGAAAACUAUGUAGUGUUGUGGAAACUGGUCAAAUCAAAGGUAACCCACAUCGAAGAUACUUUUCAACCAUCUGAUUCAAAUGAACAGUCUGAAAAUGGAGAACAUAUUGAAGACCAGUUAUCUGACACCUAUCAUUGUUUGCCAUUUAAAGUUCUUGGAACAUGUUACAGUUCAGAUCGACAGAAAUCCCUUGAUGAAGCAUACUCAUAUCUUGAAGAGUACAACAGACCAGUUUUUGUAAAACUAGAGGCUGAACCGGAAAAUGCUGUUGAUAGAAAUGCAAUCGCUGUGUAUGUAAUGUCAUCAGGAGAUUAUGAUAAAGUGGGCUAUAUAGCAUAGAAUAAAGAUCCACAUAGAAGGGCAACUUACGUCGGAAGCUUUGAAGUUUCUGUCCUCGCGCAUGUCGCAUUACGCAUGUUGGCCGCCAUUUUCCUAGCCAGUCAAUGACAUUUUCUGGCCAAUAAACACGCUGUACUGGCUGGCUGCUCCGCCUUCUGGCCAGUAAACUGAAUAUUUUUGCAUAAAAAAACGAGGACACGUUGCACCGCUGAGUUGCCCUUCUGUUACUGAUCUUUAUUCUGUGCUAUAUAGCAAAAGAACUAACAAAAUAUGUCCACCCAGUUCUCAAUGACCCAUCUCUUGAUGUUACAGUUAAAAAGAUUCGUUUCUGCACAACUUAUCGAUUGA